AGGGCGGGCAGCGACGAUGCUGCACUACCACUUUGCGCGAAUCAUCCUGCUGCUGAACCGGCCGCCGGACGCGCAGAGCACGCCGCGCGACCGGCUGCUGGGAUACCGCGAGACGACCAAGGAAGUCGACCACUGCUGCCGGGAGAUCGCCGGGGUGGCGCUGGGGCGGCCGGCAGCAGCGGUGCGGAUCCACAUGGUGCAGCCACUGUUCGUGGUCGGGCAGUGCUUCGACAGCAGCCCGGAGGGCCGGCAGGUGGUGGUCGACCUGCUGCGGGGGAUCGAGGCGGAUUGUGGCUGGGCGACCGAGUACCGGGUGCGACAGCUGCAGGCGCUGUGGGAUCGAACGUAAUACGUACAGUACAUACAUACGUAAGUAUGUAUGUAGUGUACAGUACGUAUAUUUAG